CUAAAAAAUACAGUGUAAUUUUAGAACAUUUGAUAAAAUUUAUAGUUAAGAAAAAAAUUACACAACACUCUCGUUUUAUUACAACAUAAUUUUCAGAUAUUCUAGUUUUACUCUGGAGCAAGCUCUCUGUGGAAGAAGGAAAGCAAGCAAUAUAUGGCUAUGGAAGGCUCAUCUAGAUUUUUAAAUUUAACAUCAGCAGCAGCAGAUACAUAUGCAUAUAUAGGAAUGCAAAUAAGCAUAACUUCGAAGUCUGAGAUCAGAUACGAGGGCAUUCUUGUUAAUCUCAACACUCAAGAAUCAACCCUCGCUUUAAAUAAUGUUAAAUCAUUUGGUACCGAGGGACGUAAAAAGGGACCACAAAUUCCUCCAAGUGACCAAAUUUAUGAGUACAUUUUGUUUCGGGGGAGUGACAUAAAGGAUUUGCAAGUCAAAUCUUCUCCACUUAUUCAGACAACAACAUCUAUAUACAAUGAUCCUGCCAUCAUUCAGCUGGGACUCCCUAAGUCAGCACCAGAAAGCAGUGUUCCCAUAUAUCAGCCAGGUGGAAGUUGUUGCUCAUGUGGUUCAUUAUAUCCAUAUUCCACCACAAAUGAUUAUUUGUCUGCACCGGUGUAUAUUAAAGGAUUUCAAGCGCCCUCAGAUGGGUUUCAAACCCAACAGCAGUCCUUGCUCCAACCACCAUCUGGAUUUUUGGCACUACCUUCUGUGCAUCAAACAAUUCCAUAUCCUUCAACAAGUGCAUCUAUACCUAAUAGGUCUUCAAAUGCACCUGCUUCACCUUUAUUAGAUACAAUGCCUCCUUUGCUGCCAUCUUUUAGCCCUGUCACUCCAGCUUUGCAUUCACUGUUUCCCUUGCAGUCUUCUGCCUUACCUACAGACUUAUCAACACUUAUAAAGCCUAACACUGGUCCAAUUCAAGGCCUUCAUUCUGAUAAAAUAACCACAACUAGUCUGCAACUGGUAACUCCGCCAAGAACUAUUUUGGAUGAGAGUGCCUUUUCUACAGGUUCUUUCCUAAACAGGGGAUUAACACCGCCUUUGGUUACACCAGAUCAGUUUUUGCAGCCUGCAACAGCUGUAGUGUCCUCCAACCAGUCCUCACAGUCAGUUCAAAACAAUGUGCACGUAUCAUUUACUGAACGACCAUUACAAACACUUCCAGGAGCUCAGGCACCAAUUUUGCCUCUACCAACAUCACUGGACUACAAGGCAUCAAAUGAUGUCAUCAAUUUCACAGAGGACUUUGAUAUUGUUUCAAUAAAUGAAAAGUUCAGCAAGCUUGAAGUAGGGGAUCAACUUGAUAAGAUGAAUUCAACUCAGGAGGGAUAUUUUCUAGACCAAGAUAAUGUUGAUCAUGUUGGGAAAACUACUUCCGCGGCCAUGCCUGUUUAUGUUGAGGAUGACUUCUUCCAAUCUCCGUCUUCAAACUUUUCUGGAAGAUCACGUAGAGGGAGGUCCAUCUUCUCCGAAGAAAAGAAGUCAAAUAGGGAGACAUUUGCUUCUUCAGCCCAUCGAGGUGGUCAUUGUGGCCGUGGUCAUGGUCAUAGUGGCCAUGAUCACAGUGGCGAUGGUCCUGAUAGUGGUGACCAUGGUUUGAGUCUAGAUGGCUAUGGCUGUACUCGUGUUGGUCGGAGAUUUGGUCACUGGAGACACUCUCGUGAUGGUCGUAGAAGUAGAAGGAGUUACGGAUAUAAUGAGAGGCGAGGCUGGGGACAUCAUGCCACCUAGCUGCAGUUGUCUUCCUGUAUUGAAGCUUGGUUUUAGCAAAAUUUUAAUAAAUGUUGCAUUUAGAUGGAUAAUGAGUGGGGUUUAUAAUUCCAAAAUCUUAAGUGAAGAAUAUUCAUUCGCACUUUUUGUA